UCUGGGGAUUGUAUUUGGAGACUUUAGCCACCGAGGCACCGUUAGAUUACUCAUUUAUUCUUCUUUUACAUCUGUGGAACUGUUGGCUCCAGGGGCUUGUGACAGAGAGUGGCACAAACUGGGACAUUUAUAUCACAGCAAAAGCUACAAACUUACCUGCAAUUUCAAAGACACUUGCUUGCAGUUUUACUUUAUAAAAAAAGUUCGCCAGUUUGUUGCGUUUCGUGUUUUUUCCAUAUUUUUUCGUAGAAUUAGCCCCACUCCGUUUUUCGUAUGAAUCUCCUCGACCCUUACCUGAAAAUGACGGAGGAACAAGACAAGUGUCUGUCUGACGCACCCAGUCCGAGCAUGUCCGAGGACUCCGCCGGCUCCCCGUGUCACUCCGGCUCGGGCUCGGACGCGGAGAACACCCGUCCGUCGGAGAACGGGCUGCUGCGGGCCGACGCGCUGCUCGGGGACCUGAAGAAGGACGAGGAGGACAAGUUUCCCGCGUGUAUCCGCGAGGCCGUGUCGCAGGUGCUCAAAGGCUACGACUGGACGCUCGUGCCCAUGCCCGUGCGCGUCAACGGCUCCUCCAAGAACAAGCCGCACGUGAAGAGGCCGAUGAACGCCUUCAUGGUGUGGGCCCAGGCCGCGCGGAGGAAACUAGCGGACCAGUAUCCACACCUGCACAACGCCGAGCUCAGCAAGACUCUGGGCAAACUCUGGAGACUCCUGAAUGAAGCCGAGAAGCGGCCGUUUGUGGAGGAGGCUGAGCGGCUCCGGGUGCAGCACAAGAAGGACCACCCGGACUACAAGUACCAGCCACGGAGAAGAAAGUCUGUAAAGAACGGGCAGGAGUCUGAGGACGGCAGCGAGCAGACCCACAUCUCUCCUAAUGCCAUCUUCAAAGCGCUGCAGCAGGCGGACUCUCCUGCCUCCAGCAUGGGAGAGGUGCACUCCCCCGGAGAGCACUCGGGCUCCCAGGGGCCUCCCACUCCCCCCACCACCCCUAAGACUGAUGUUAGCUCUGGCAAGAUGGAUCUAAAGCGUGAGGGGGGCCUGCGCCUACCAGAGGGCUCGGCUGGACGCCAGCUCAACAUCGACUUCCGUGACGUGGACAUCGGGGAGCUGAGCAGCGACGUCAUCUCGCACAUCGAGACCUUUGACGUAAAUGAGUUCGACCAGUACCUGCCUCCUAAUGGCCACCCAGGCACCAACAGCUCUGUGAGUUACACAGGCAGCUACACCAUCAGCGGGGCGCCUGUGAGCCCGGGGGGAGGGCCCUGGCUGUCCAAGGGCCAAAGCCAGGGACAGCAGCACACGCUCACCACACUGGGCAGCUCCAGCUCAGGGGCCAGCACAGCAGACAGCCAGCACAGGACCCAGAUCAAGACAGAGCAGCUGAGCCCCAGCCACUACAGUGAGCAGCAGGGCUCCCCCCAGCACGCCUCCUACAGCCCCUUCAACCUGCAGCACUACAGUCCCCCAGCAUCCUACUCCUCCAGAGCACAGUACGACUACUCUGAUGCUGCGGGCUCCGCCUACUACAGCCAUGCGGGGGCGGGCCAAAGUCCUGGCCUCUACUCCACCUUCAGCUACAUGAGCAGCCCAAGCCAGCGACCCAUGUACACCCCCAUAGCAGACAACGCCGGCGUGCCCUCCAUCCCCCAAAGCAGCCCCCAGCCCUGGGAGCAGGCUCCUGUUUACACCCAGCUCACCCGGCCCUGAGCUGAGCACCACAUGAACAGGACUGUAGAGGCCACGCAUGUUUGGAAGGACGCCAUAUCUGAGGAACUGCCAGUCAAAGUCUGGACUAAAUGACCAUCACAGGAUAUUCUACACACAGUAUAAACUGGUAUAAACCUCUUCUUGACCAGCAUAAUAUGGCAGACUUCUAAAAAAAAAAAACAGUCUCGAGGUCCCUGCAGUUUUGUUUAUGGUGAAGUAAAGACUCAAAACCCCAAAUCAGACACUUGAAAUGGAAGGAGGAGCUGGACUGGAUUGGCUCACACCGUGCCUUGUUAUUGUAUCAUGAUAGAAGCUAUAUAUAUUUUUAGAGAGACUUAUGAGAUUCCUCUGUGAGGACUUAUGGAUUGUGAAUAUUUGAGUAGGUACUGUGUAUGUCUGUUGUUUUUCUCAUAUGCUGGCAGUUAAUGAGUCUGGGUUGGGGGAGGGAUGGGUAAGCGGGAUGAUUGCUAAACUAUUUUCCCAGUCAAGUAUUUAAAUAUGUUUGCCCAUUCUCUAUAUUUCAUUAGUUGUUUAAUUUUGUUGUUAUUUAUUCCCAAGACAGAAACAUAGUAGAAAUUAACUGACUUGUACAUAUGUUGGUCCGCUGAUCUUUUUGGGGCAGUAACGUUAACCAAUACAAGUCAAAGUUUUUCAUUUGACAUAGCUCCCACUUCAGCGCACCAUCUGGUAGACAUCAUACACUUUUCGGUACAAUGAUCACGUAUUGUUUCCAGUGCCAUGUUGAAAAAUAUGGUUUAUAUUGAAUCGUCUUUAAAUGAAAUUUUGGGCAAUAGUCCUAUUCACCAUCCGUGCCUUGGCCAUUGUGUGCUGCAGCUGAGAUUACACUUACCGUCCAACUGCGUGGUCCUGACAGCAACAGGAAGUCACCUUUAACCUUUGGGUGUCCCACUGCAGUCUGCCAUGUCUCCAUCCCCCUCCACAAUGACCAAAUCUAUUUAUUUAUUAGCUUUAAUUUUAUUUUGAAAGUAAUUAUUUUUUGCGUACUAUUCUUUAACUAAUACUUUACUAUUGUAGAAAGCAUAUUAUUUCCCAUUUUCGCCCCUGGGGGUACUUAGGCCUAAAGGUACACGCUGUAAUCUUUGUUUUUGUUUAUUUAUCUAAUCUUAAAUAUCUGUUCUAUGUAUGUUUUUGUCUCUUUUGAGCGGUUAUCUAACAAAUGUAUUUUUGUGAAUUGAACUGGAAAAUGUUACAAAAAUCUGCAAAGUUUUACCAAUUUCCAAUAUUCCUUUGCCAUGUAUUUGU